AUGACAUUCAGACUGCCCAAAGUUAUCGAUGAUGAUAUUCCUAUUGCACUUGAUUUGGAUAUGGUAGUUGAGGAUGACGAGAAUAAUGUCAAUAUUGAUCAUGAUCAAAGAGAUGAUGUCGAUAAUCUCUUUAAUGUUUACGGCUACAUCAAGUGCUCUGUAAUUAGCUUUUUGAUUUUUGAUAGACAAGGCUGGAAGCAAGCCAAAGCUGUUUUGGAAGCUAUUAGAAAAAGUCAUGCCAGCGAUCCUCCUGGAGUUUUGAUCUCUUAUUUUGUCAAAAAAGAUUUGUGUGGUUUGCCUGUCUAUUGUUGUACGAGAGCCCAAUUUUGGCUGAUUGCGUUCUCGUUGACUAUCGUCUGCGUUACUACAUUUUACCAUUACAACCCAUGGCUUGUUCAAGCUCUAAGUACGUUACGUGCUGAUGUUGAUCAAGAAUUUAUUCCGUCAUGUGCUGAUUCUUAUGGUAACUCUCACCAUCUUGUUGAUUUCGAACAAUUUGGAAUAUGCCCUAUUUUUCAGAAGAUUAUAGAUACUUUCGGUUAA